CGACAGUCUCGCGGUAGUUCCUCCUCCCGCGAGGGUUAUUUGAACACUCUGGCGGUAACCACGCCCUGGGCGCCCCAUGUGCGGCUCCCGGGAGUCUGAGGAGUCUGUGCUGGGAGCUCCGCCUUGGGGUGGUCGUGCCAGCCGCAGCCGCGCGCGGGCAGGGCUUGUCCCGGCAGAGUCUCGGCGCCAUGGGAGCGGAAAAGAGACUACUGUCGAUUAAGGAGGCCUUUCGGCUGGCGCAGCAGCCGCACCAGAACCAGGCGAAGCUGGUGGUCGCGCUGAGCCGCACCUACUGCACGAUGGAUGAUAAAACAGGUUUUCAUGAGGAGUUCGUUCAUUACCUUAAAUACGCUAUGGUGGUCUAUAAACGUGAACCAGCUGUGGAGAGAGUAGUAGAAUUUGCAGCAAAGUUUGUUACUUCAUUUCACCAGUCAGAUAAGGAAGAUGAUGAGGAAGAGGAAGAUGGUGGCAUUUUAAAUUACUUGUUUACUUUUCUCUUAAAGUCUCAUGAAGCAAACAGCCAUGCAGUGAGAUUUAGAGUGUGUCAGCUCAUAAAUAAGCUUUUGGGAAGUAUGCCAGAAAAUGCCCAGAUUGAUGAUGAUGUGUUUGAUAAAAUUAAUGAAGCCAUGCUUAUUAGAUUGAAAGAUAAGAUUUCAAAUGUGAGAAUACAGGCAGUUCUGGCGCUUUCACGACUUCAGGAUCCCAAGGAUGAUGAAUGCCUGGUGGUUGAUGCAUAUGCUGCUUUGAUUGAAAAUGAUCCAAAUCCAGAAGUUAGGCGAGCAGUGUUAUCAUGUAUUGCACCAUCAGCAAAGACUUUGCCAAAAAUUGUAGGUCGAACCAAGGAUGUAAAAGAGGCUGUCAGAAAGCUGGCUUAUCAGGUUUUAGCUGAAAAGGUUCAUAUGAGAGCUAUGUCUAUUGCUCAAAGAGUAAUGCUCCUUCAACAAGGUCUUAAUGACAGAUCAGAUGCUGUGAAACAAGCAGUGCAGAAGCAUCUUCUGCAAGGCUGGCUACGUUUCUCUGAAGGAAGUAUCUUAGAGUUGCUUCAUAGAUUGGAUGUGGAAAAUUCUUCUGAAGUGGCAGUCUCUGUUCUCAAUGCCUUAUUUUCAGUGACUCCUCUCAAUGAAUUGGUGGGAAUCUGUAAAAACAACGAUGGCAGGAAAUUGAUUCCAGUGGAAACAUUAACUCCUGAAAUGGCUUUGUAUUGGUGUGUCCUUUGUGAAUAUUUGAAAUCAAAAGGAGAUGAAGGUGAAGAAUUUUUAGAGCAGAUUUUGCCAGAGCCUGCAGUAUAUGCAGAGUAUUUACUGAGUUAUAUCCAGAGUAUUCCAGUUAUUAAUGAGGAACAGAGAAGUGAUUUUUACUAUAUUGGAAAUUUGAUGACAAAAGAGUUCAUAGGUCAACAACUAAUUCUAAUUAUCAAGUCCUUGGAUACCAAUGAAGAAGGAGGAAGAAAAAAACUGCUGGCUAUUUUACAGGAGAUUCUUACUCUACCCAGAACCCCAAUAUCCUUGGUUUCUUUUCUUGUUGAGAGAUUACUCCACAUCAUUAUAGAUGAUAAUAAGAGAAUACAAAUUGUUACAGAAAUAAUCUCAGAGAUUCGGGCACCCAUUGUUACUGUUGGUGUUAAUGCUGAUCCAGCUGAUGUAAGAAAGAACGAACUAAGGAUGGCUGAAAUAAAAGUUAAACUUAUUGAAGCAAAAGAAGCUUUGGAAAAUUGCAUUACUGUACAAGAUUUUAAUCGGGCAUCAGAAUUAAAAGAAGAAAUAAAAGCAUUAGAAGAUGCCAAAGUAAACCUAUUGAAAGAGACAGAACAACUUGAAAUUAAAGAAGUCCACAUAGAAAAGAAUGAUGCUGAAACGCUGCAAAAGUGUCUUAUUUUGUGCUAUGAACUGUUGAAGCAGAUGUCAAUUUCAACAGGUAUAGGUGCAACCAUGAAUGGGAUCAUUGAGUCUUUGAUUCUUCCUGGAAUAAUAAGUGUUCAUCCUGUAGUGAGAAAUCUGGCUGUUUUAUGCUUGGGAUGCUGUGGACUGCAGAAUCAGGAUUUUGCAAGUAAACACUUUGUAUUACUAUUACAGGUUUUGCAAAUUGAUGAUGUCACAAUAAAACUAAGUGCUUUAAAGGCAAUCUUUGACCAACUGAUGAUGUUUGGGAUCGAACCAUUUAAAACUAAAAAAAUCAAAGACCUUCAACAUGAAGGUAUAGAAAUAAGCAGUGAUGAUCAACAAGAGUCAAGAGAAGUUGAAGAGACUGCUACAGCGAAGAAUGUUCUGAAACUCCUUUCUGAUUUCUUAGAUAGUGAGGUAUCUGAACUUAGGACAGGAGCUGCAGAAGGACUAGCCAAGCUAAUGUUCUCUGGGCUUUUGGUCAGUAGCAGGAUUCUUUCUCGUCUUAUUUUGUUAUGGUACAAUCCUGUGACUGAAGAGGAUGUUCGACUUCGACAUUGCCUGGGCGUGUUCUUCCCCAUGUUUGCCUAUGCAAGCAGGACUAAUCAGGAAUGCUUUGAAGAAGCCUUUCUUCCAACUGUGCAAACACUGGCCAAUGCCCCUGCAUCUUCUCCUUUAGCUGAAAUAGAUAUUACAAAUGUUGCUGAGUUACUUGUAGAUUUGACAAGACCAAGUACAUUAAAUCCUCAGGCCAAGAAUUCGCAAGAUUAUCAGGCCUUAACAGUACAUGACAAUUUGGCUCUAAAAAUAUGCAAUGAGAUCUUAACAAGUCCAUGUUCACCAGAAAUUCGAGUCUAUACAAAAGUCUUGAGUUCUUUAGAACUCAGUAGCAAUCAUGCAAAAGACCUUCUGGUUCUAUUGAAUGAGAUUCUGGAGCAAGUAAAAGAUAGAACAUGUCUGAGAGCUGUGGAGAAAAUCAAGAUUCAGUUAGAAAAAGGAAAUAAAGAAUUUGGUGACCAAAUCUUAGCAGCACAGGAUACUAACUCGACUACAACUAUUUUUCAAAACAAAGAUGAAGAGAAUAAGGAAGUAUAUAUGACUCCUCUCAGGGAUGUAAAGGCAGCCCGACCGUCAAAAUCCACUCAGCUGAGGAUUAACAGAGGACAGAGAAAAGUGACAGCUUCAGCUAGGAUGAACAGGAAACGUCAGACUGCUGGGACUGACUCUGAAAGUGAUCAUGAAGUUCCUGAACCAGAAUCAGAAAUGAGAAUGAGAUUACCAAGACGAGCCAAAACAGCAGCACUAGAAAAAAGUAAACUUAACCUUGCACAAUUUCUCAAUGAAGAUAUAAAUGAGGAGCGGUAAUGGAGAUGGAAUCCUUUAAAAUUAUGUUCAUUUCUUUGCUUUAAUAAAAUUAUCCUUGUAUCAAAAUCAGAA